GCGCCGUAAUGAAAACAGAAAUUGACUUUUCUUCAUUCUGAAGUUGAGUGAAUUGAAAACAGAUAAUUUCAGGGCCAUGGCCCAAGAUCAGUCGUCUCUGUUACUCAGAAAACAACUCAAAGAAUUAAAUAAACAUCCUGUAGAAGGUUUCUCUGCUGGUCUGAUUGAUGAUGAUGAUUUAUAUAAAUGGGAGGUUGUAAUUUUAGGACCUGGUGACACAAUUUAUGAAGGAGGAGUGUUUAAAGCUGAAUUAACUUUCCCUAAAGAAUAUCCACACAGACCUCCAAAAAUGAAAUUUGUCACAGAAAUGUUUCACCCAAAUAUUGGCCCUGAUGGAAGUGUGUGUAUAUCAAUAUUACAUGAACCAGGAGAUGAUAAAUAUGGUUAUGAGAAAGCUUCCGAGCGUUGGCUACCAGUUCAUACAGUAGAGACGAUAUUACUCAGUGUUAUUUCUAUGUUAGCUGAUCCUAAUGAUGAAUCCCCAGCUAAUGUUGAUGCAGCAAAAUUGAGAAGAGAGGAGCCCGAUGUUUACAAGAGAAAAGUUGGUCGCCUUGUUCGUAAAAGUCAGGAUGAUUUAUGAUGAAAGAGUUGGAUAAUUGUUUUGUGCAAAGUGAGACUAAUAAUUUGAAGAGACAAAACACAGCAGCAGUUUAAUAAUGUUAUUUUUAUAAUGUCAGACAUAUUCAGAGUUUUCAUGCUAUUUCUGGUGUUUGUUGGUGAAUGAUAUUAAUUCAGGUGUCCUUUUAUAAGUCAAUUUAAAGAGAUUGCAAAGAGGUUUUCUAAAAGAUUGUAUGAGUAUGACAUCAAUUUCCAAACAUCAAUUUGCACCAUUCAAAUUUCAGUCAGGUGUCUGUGGUUCCAGUAAUUCCACUGAAACUAAGUGUUUGAUGACAUCACAUCAUGAUUAGUGACGUCACCAAUCAAUCAUUUUUUUGUUAUUACCACAGAUGUCUGAUUGAAAAUUGGAAUUGUACAAAUUGAUGCAUAAGGUUUUAUGCCUUUUUUCAUUGUUUAAUACAAGGGAAAAAAGGUACACCCCCUCAAUGUGGAAUAUAUCCAAGAAUGAAAAUUAAGCAUUAAUCUAGUAAUCUGAUUGGAUAAUAAGAUUUACCUUUCAGAUGACUGGAACUAUGAGCUUAAAGAAACAUAUAGGUAGUAUCUUCAUGUUUUUAGGUUAAAAUUCUGAGUUGAGAAAUAAUGGGUCAAAUAGAUCUGUUGAACAUAAGGGGUUCAUACAUAAAUACAGUACAUGUUUUGGAAAUUGGCUACAGCUGAAAUAUGUGAAAUUAGUUUAGAGUAAUUUCAAUGCUGCCAUUGUUCAUUAGAUUGUUGACUGAAAUCCUAUAUUAUAAUUUAAAGAUCUCUUGUAGUGUUAUUAAUGAUAGGGUAAUUUUACGACAAAUCGUUAGCUUACUUGCGUGAAUUAAAGCAGAGCAUUUAUUAAAGCAUUGGAUUGGAGUAAAUUUUGAGGCAAUAAGCUAGAGCUGGAAUACUAUUCAUUUGACUAUUGUUUGGAGAUUGCAAUUGUUCAUAAAAUUGUGGGCUGAAAUCUUAUACUGAAUAGUUUUGAGAUCUUUUGUUGGCAUUUUGAUUCAUAACUUUUAUUAAGUUAGUAAAUAAGUUUCAUUAAUUAAGCAGGGAAUUUCAACAAUCAUUGGAUUUGUGAAACUCAGACUCAUUCAUUACGAUCCAUAAAUUCACUGGUUGGGGCAUGAAAACUUUGAAUAUCUCAAUACAAUACUGGUUUGUUGUGUAUAAUAAAUCAUUUAUUUACUCAUUGUCCAGUUAUCAUUAUCACCUCAUUGGCACUGGAUAUUCCUACCACAGUAGUCUAGAACAUUCUGACCCACACCAGUAAUAUCUAUCACAGCUUGGUCAGUAAGGUUUGGACUACUGUAGGUGCUUGUGUUUGGAACUACAGGCAUUAUAGAUUAGAAAAAAUUCAGCUAAUAUUUGGUUAUAACACAAAAUUAUAAGCAUACAUUGUCACUAGGAAAAAAGUUUUCAAAUUUAAUUAAGCUUCAAGAGUCAGCAAGUCAUCAAAAUUUGAGAAUACAAACAAAUUUUACUAAACUGCUUAGAAAACAAAUAUUAUUUAAAAUGUAGAUCGGGAUACAGAAAUAGAUUGGAUAUUGAUACAGACAGUCAGAAUUAUCUUACAGAGAAACUGGGUUAUUUUUGUCAAUCUUCUGAAGGGAUUUUAAUGUAUAUCAGCACAAUAUCAAGUGUAAUUUGAGACAAAGUAUUCUAAGUCUACUAACUCAUCGUUCAAGGUUUUACUGUAUCAUUGUGAAUCACAUAAUCUAUUAUGAUACGGCUGAGAUUUUCAAAAAGGUUUCCUCUGUAAAUACUAUUUUAGUUUUACCUAACUCUUAUAAGUCCAAGCUGUUGUUAACUAAACGUGUAAACUUAACAAUCUUUGGAAUUUUGACACCAUGGAAAUCAGUAUUUUUGGUACCUAAUUGUCUGUGAAAUAUCCAUCCCAACAUUUAUUACUUAACAUGUAAAAUUAACCGAAAUCGGUCGAAAUUCUGAAAGAAACAUAAAUUUUGAAGAUUUGAUGAACCUUGAAUAAACAAGUAUUUUGGUUACCAAAUUGUCUGUGAAAUAUCAAUCUAUUUCUGUCUGUGUAUUGAGAUAAAUUGUAUAUAGAAACCUAUAUGAUUGUAAAAAGUUUGUUCUAUUCCUUUAAUCCUUUCUGUUCUCACUAACAUACUAAACCUAUAUAGAAUGGAAAACUAACUGUGUUUCUCUAUGAAUUCAAAAAUCUUAUGUUUUUGGAGCUAGUACACUUUCAACAGUGAUAACAAUUACAAAGGGUUACUUAUAGCUAGCACUUUUCACCAUUAUGAUUCCUCAUUUCUAGAACAACUUGUGGAUUUCACUUUUUAAAAUAACAUUUUGCUAGAAUAUUUUUUGUCAGGUGAAGUUUUUCGUGAGAUUGGAGAUGAAAAAUGGAAUGGUGAAAAUAGAAGCUGUAUGUGUCCAUGAUCACAGUUAUCUGAAGUUUCAUAAAUAUAACUACGAAAUACUUAACAUCAUAGCGGCUCAACACUUAUAAAAACACUAGUUGAGCGAAUAUUUCAUAUUGUGCAACUUCAGAUAACGAGACAACUAGAAUUCAAUCCUUUAACCUUGGUAUUCUUAGAAAAACUGGCAAUCAGUAGAACUGAUGAAUAUGUAUAAAUACAUAACAUAAUAAGAUCAAUAUUAAAUCAUUUGGACUAAAACUGUUUAGAUUUCUCAAACUUUUCUGUAUUAUAUCUUGUAGCAAACUACUUUUUCCACUGAAGGUUGUUAUUUAUGCAAUGAAAAGUGCUAAUUCUGUCAUUUUGUUUUCUUUUAUUGGGAAAUUUGCAAGAACUAUUUUGGGUUGGAGUGUUAUAAGUGGAUUUUAUUUUGCAAAAUAUUUGUAACAUUUUCAGUUGAUCUUGCCAAGUAUUUUGAGUCCUUACCCUCAUAGCAUUUCUCUCUGUUCCAUGUGGAGCCAUUUUCUUAAAAAUCUUGUUAUUAAUUUUUGUCGUGAGAAAUUAGGCAAACAAACUUAAAUAAAAAUUGCAAGAUUGUUUAAUGGGCCGUGUUUCUCAUUCUAUUAAUUUUUGUUGUUAAUGGGGAAUUUUUAAUUGAAAUUCUCCACUUACAAUAAAUGUAUUUUAUUAUUUUUUAAGAAACAGAGGCCUGAAUCUCUGAAUAUGGAAUACAAGUAGAAUUUCAACUCCUGAAGAAAGAAAUGUACCCCCUUGUUAACCCUAAAAUUUUAAACCACAAUCUUCACAAUGGUCAAGUUAUUGCUUCUUCAUUUUAUACCUUGACUACAAUGGUCCACUUUCUUCUUAACAGAAGUUUGUGAAUGCAGCAAUUUGAUUUGAUUGUAUGCCAGUGAAUACAGCCAAUCUAAACCCUUGACAGAAAGACUAAAAAAUAAUUAUGCACGAAAUCGAGGGCUCUGCUUGGCUGUAUUCGCUUACAUACAAUCAAAUGAAAUUGCUGACCAUGAAACAAGAAAAUGGACAUUGCAGUCAUGGUAUAAGAUGAAGUAAUACAUCGACCAUUGUGAAGGUGCGUUCUUCCCUAAAGUUCAAAUCUUUUAUCCUACCUGCUGUGUAACUCUUAUUAUUUAUGUGUGAAUUUUCAUUAAUAAAUGAUAUAUUAUUAUU